CCAGUGUGUUUUGCGACAGACCGUGUUCUGCGCCGCAGCACAUCAGCAGCUAGAUGAAAGCAGCAUAAACGCUUAGUUUCAGUGCUAUGGAGAUGCCCCCUGGGUGAGCACCAAUGCACUUAGUCAUGGAAACAUCAUGUUUACAUCCGUCUGCUUUUUAGUUAGCUGCAUGUGAUCCUGUUAUGCAACAUGCAGCCCUGGAGUUACCGGAAGAGUCCUGUUAGUGGGACUCCCUGAAUCCAGGGGGUUUCCAAGCCCACCCAUGCCUGUCAUUCCCAUCCCACGGAGGGUUCGCUCCUUCCACGGCCCUCACACUACCUGCAUGCACUCCGCCUGUGGCCCUGCGCGCACCGCCCAACUCGUACGCACCAAAUACAACAACUUUGACCUAUACCUGAAGUCUCGAUGGAUGUAUAGUUUCAUCCGAUUCCUUCUUUAUUUUGGCUGCAGCCUUUUUACAUCCCUCCUCUGGGUGGCGCUGUCUGCACUCUUCUGCCUGCAGUACGUGAGCGUGCGAAUUUUCCUUCGCCUUCAGUAUAAGCUGUCUGUCAUUCUCCUGCUGCUGGGUCACCACCGGCUGGACUUCGGCAUCCUCAAUGAUCUGUUUAUAUACAGCAUGCAUGUUACCAUGUUUCUGAUUGGAGGCCUGGGAUGGUGUUUCAUGGUCUUUGUAGAUAUGUGAACUUCUGACUGGCUGAGUGAAAUCUGUGUUGAAGGACAGAAGUGCCUUUGAUUUGCUUUUUGAGCAUGCAGCUCUUACACAUCAUGACAGAACUGAGAACAUGUGUGAAACACUCUUUAAAAGAGCUGAAAUGCUUUUCCACAGUUUGCAUAUCAUUCGUGUAAUUUUUAUGAGUGUGCAUGUUUGUUCUUUUUUUUUCAAGAUUUUAUAUUAAUCAAAUGUAUUCUAACACUGUGCGUUGGAGAAUAUGAUUUUUUUUUUUUAAUGUCACUAAACCAAUGCCCCAUAUGUUUUUAAAUCUGCAUGUGCCUUUGAUUUAAUGCGAAUGUUUUCUUUUGAAAAGGUGGUAUUUCAUCACAGUUUUCCUUCCUUCCAUUCUCAUGCAGCUAUAUCCUUCACUAAUUGGCCUCUUCCAGCUUACUUGCGGUGUUCAGACCAUAUUAUUUGUAUGGUGCCAAUCAGAGCAUGAGUCUGAUGCCCCAUGUUGCAUUAGUGUGGUGUUAUUGGCGCCAGUCUGGCAUGAAAGUAAAAUGAGUGAGUACAAUCUCCUAUUGUUUGAGGAUCAAACAUCAUAUGCCUCAUACUUGGCCAAGCACACUCUUUUGUUCUGAAACUGAACGGACACAAGUGACAUUUCAGACAAGCCAUUGUAUAGCUCAACACAGAAGGGUCAGUGCCCUGAUGAACACUGAACUGAUGACAAAUCUUCAGCUGCUGAAUGACUGGAGUAUCACCUACAGUGUGUCAAAUGGGUAACUCUCUUGGAGGGACACGUAUCUACUACUGCAGACAUGCUCAGAUGGUUGUUGUGGUGUAGCACAGUUCAGUAACAUCUCAGGAACAGCAUCGAAACACUAUGAAUAAAAACGAUGUAAAUCUCA